AAAAAAAUUAACAUCACAUGUUAUCAAAUGAGAUCAAAAUUUAAGUUAGUUUUGAGUUUUCUCUCUCUUUCUCUUCUCUAAAACUACUUAAGCUAAAGAAUCAAACACUUCUCAACGUUUCUCCAAAGCCUCUGAUUAGUAAACACAUAAAGAGAUCUAUAGAGAGAGAGAGAGUAGAGAUAAAAGGUGAUGAAUAGAGGUGUGUUGGAGAGUUCGCCGGUUCAGCAGCUGAUGGCAGCCGGAAACCCUAAUUGGUGGAACGUAAGCGGCGGCAUGAGGCCACCACCACCGUUGAUGGGUCAUCAGCAGGCGCCGUUGCCACCACAUAUGACUCCUAAUAACAAUUAUCUCCGACCACGGAUGAUGCCCACUCCCUUCCCGCACUUCUUGCCAUCUCCGGCGACUUCUUCUUCUUCCUCUUCUUCUUCACCGUCUUUGCCUAAUAACCCUAAUCUCUCUUCUUGGCUUGAAAGCAAUGAUCUCCCUCCUGAGUCUUGGAGCCUUAGCCAACUUCUUUUGGGUGGAUUGAUGAUGGGAGAGGAAGAGAGAUUGGAGAUGAUGAACCAUCAUAAUCAUCAUGAUGAACAACAACACCAUGGUUUUCAAGGGAAGAUAAGAUUGGAGAAUUGGGAAGAACAAGUGUUAAGCCACCAACAAGCUUCCAUGGUGGCUGUUGACAUCAAACAAGAGGGUAACAUUAACAACAACAAUGGCUAUGUCAUAUCUUCCCCGAACUCACCUCCUAACAAAUCUUGUGUUACAACAACUACCACAACAAGCCUCAAUAGUAACGACGAUAACAUCAACAACAAUAAUAAUAUGUUGGAUUUCUCUAGCAAUCACAAUGGUCUUCACUUGUCAGAAGGGAGACACACUCCUCCGGAUCGAUCCUCUGAGUGUAACAGCUUAGAGAUUGGUGGGUCUACUAAUAAGAAGCCAAGGCUCCAACCUUCUCCUUCGUCACAAUCAACCCUCAAGGUGAGAAAGGAGAAACUAGGAGGCCGAAUCGCAGCGCUUCAUCAGCUAGUAUCUCCAUUUGGAAAGACUGACACAGCCUCUGUCCUGUCGGAAGCUAUUGGAUACAUUAGAUUCCUUCAGAGUCAAAUUGAGGCUCUGAGUCAUCCAUACUUUGGUACGACUGCCUCGGGGAAUAUGAGGCACCAACAACAUUUGCAAGGAGAUAGGAGUUGCAUAUUUCCUGAGGACCCUGGUCAGGUACGUCCAUUUUUUCUUGGUCACUAUACUUUUAAUAUAUAAUUAGAGUCACUAUACUUUUUAUUGGAUCAAUUGAAUCCAAAUCUAAAAAAUGUGGACAGCUUUAGUUUCCAAAAUUUAUCCUUUUUUUUCUUUUGUUUUUUUUCUUUUCUACUGUUUUCUUUAAAGUAAAGUUGGAUUAAUAUUAAAAGAUGCAGCGGCCAGCUUUUUUUUCACCCUCCCUUACAUUAUUAUAAACCAAAAAAGUUCGUUAAAACCAACAAAGCCACUAAAUUUAUUUAAAUAUCAACUUUUUCUCCUUACUUGUUUUCUUCAUCUAAGUGAAAUUCAAAUUCCUUUGGCGGGGUUUUAUAUAUGCUUUUCACUAGGGGAAAUUCAAUGAUUUUUUUUCUUAUCACCUCUUUAUAUAGGUGUUAGAGAACAUGUGUUUACUUUUUUUGUUAAUCAAUGCUAUAUAUCAUGAUUGUUUUUUUUUUUUUUUGAUAUGGUUUUAGCUCGUGAACGAUCAGUGCAUGAAGAGAAGAGGAGCUUCGUCGUCAUCUACGGACAAUCAAAAUGCAAGUGAAGAGCCUAAGAAAGAUCUGAGAAGUCGAGGUUUAUGUCUUGUCCCAAUCUCAUGCACACUCCAAGUAGGCAGCGACAACGGCGCGGACUAUUGGGCUCCAGCACUUGGCUCCGCCGGUUUCCAUUGAGCCAAUGAAAUUACGCCACGUGGAAUUCCAGCGUUAGAGAAAAAUGAUAUAACAUCACGAGCAGUCAGUCUACUGAGAAAACAACAAAUUGAGUUUCCAAGGCUGAUUGCUCAUGAUGCUAUACAAAGUUCUUCGUUUAAAACUUUGCUAGAGAAUUUGCGUCUGGCGUCUGAUGAAUAUGCGUUUGGCGUUUCAUCAUUUGAUGCGUUAUCAGAUGAUAUGACCAAGUGAUCAAUUUAUGUUCUUGCUUUAGGAAACUGUUUGUUUUCUUUUACCGGUUAAUUGUAAUUUGUGGUUAAGUACUUAUUUUAAUUACUUCCACGUGGUUUGUAUCGUUAUAAUUUUGCUAUUACUUAUAAUAUGUCUAUUGUGUGGG